UGCCCAUCGUAGAUGACUGCAUCUUCUCCUUUUAGAACCAAAACCCGACUUGUAUUUAAGAAAACACGCAGUAUUUCUUGCGAAAUUUAGCCAUAAAAAUGUCGAUCAACGAUGCAGAAGUUAAAAAACAGAUUGCGCAUAUGAUGGCUUUUAUAGAGCAAGAAGCCAAAGAAAAGUCAGAAGAGAUUGAUGCAAAGGCUGAGGAGGAAUUCAAUAUUGAAAAGGGUAGGCUGGUUCAAAAUGAGAGGCUUAAGAUUAUGAAUGUUUAUGAACGCAAAGAAAAACAAGUUGAACUGAGAAAGAAAAUUCAGCGUUCCAACCUAUUGAAUCAGUCAAGACUAAAGAUUCUUAAAGCUCAAGAUGAUCAUGUAAAGUGUGUUCUAGAGGAAUGUAGGGAGCAGUUGGGAUCAGUAACUAAAGACUCUGCUAAAUAUAAAGAAGUUUUACAAGGGCUAAUGACACAGGGUCUCUUUCAACUACUUGAGCCCAAAGUCAUUAUUUGCUGUAGACAACAGGAUCUAGAUCUAGUCAAGUCAGUCAAGGAUGCUGCCAUUGAAGUKUACAAGAAAGCAACUAAGAAAGACAUUGAAAUUAUUUUUGAUGAGCAAAACUUUCUGGGCCAAGACUGUUCUGGUGGGAUUGAAAUGCUUUCUAAAGGAGGCAAAAUUAAAGUGGUGAAUACUCUUGAGAGCAGACUAGAAAUGAUGAGUAGACAGAUGAUGCCRGAGAUCAGAGUGAUGUUGUUUGGACGCAACAAGGGCAGACAUUUCAUGGACUAAUGACAGACUACAUCGGUGAAGCAUAAUAAUAAUAUAGGGUACUGUAUAUUGCAUACAYGAUGAAAUUAUUUGAAAUUUUAUUAAUUGAUGGAAAUUUUGCUGGUAAAAAAUCACCCAAAAUAGUCAGUAACAUCAUCAGUCAUUACAAUAACAGCAACAUUUAUGCGAUUACGCAUGCUAUAUUGUAUAUGGCAKGGUACAUAACCAAUUUCAGUGCUAGGGUAACUGCUAAUUAAAGUUCUUCUAAACUUAAAACAAUUAUUCUCCUGUUUCCUCUAGUUACUAGAGGUGACUAUUAACUAGUAUGUUAUUCCUAUAGAGGUAGAGACUGUUACAUAACAACCUUACAUUCAAAAGGCUAUAACAGACUCUGCUGUGUGCUUGUCAUUACCCCACUUAUAUGAAAACUAGCCUUAUCUUAACAGUUUUUUAUUCUAUAGAAAGAAAAUUAUCAAUUUUAGACGCUCUUGUUCAGUAUUGUACUUUGUCAAUUUAAACCUGCAUGUAAUGAUUUUUAAUAUUGUAAGUCAUUAAAUAUGUUUCUGGAGGUUUAGGUUAUGAGGUUUGAAUCAAUAAAUAAUUAUUAUAAUCAUUAAAGAUACUUAUAAAUAGA